AGCUCCGGAUCGCCCGGGCCUUCCAAUCCUGCCGCUCCAAAGACGCCUCCUCCCUCCCCUCCGAUCCCGUCCCUUCCUUCCUCCGCCUCCCCCGCCGUCACCCCCGCCCUCGCCGCCGCCGACGACCUCUCCUCCCCGCUCAAGCCCCACCGCUCCUCCUUCCUCGACCGCCACGUGCCCCCCGCCCUCCUGCCCUACGGCUGCGGCUGCAGGUCGCGGCCGUCCCCCCGCUCCCGCCUCUCCGACGAGGACGGCGGCCGCGCCGGGCCGCAGCCCCGGUUCCACUGGAAACAGGAGGGGGGCUUCCACGUGAUGGCCACGGCCCGCGACGAGCUCGCCCCUCGCAGGAAAAUCUACACCUCCUCCGCCUCCGGGGGCUCCGACGUCGACAACGACGACGGUGGAGCCGACGUCGUCUUGGCCUUGAGCCCCGUGGCGGAGAAAAAGAAGCGACGCCUGAAGCAUAAGAAGAAGAAGACGGCCAUCAGGCUCCGGGGUCGUCUCAGCACUUCCUCGAUGGACAGUGGGCUCUUCAGCAGCGAAGAACGCGGCGGCGGCUGCGGCGGCGCCGACGAAGACGACGAAGAGACGGAGACUCUAGUCUCCUCCUCCAGGAGCCUCUCCGCCACCGAUUCCUCCUCCGACCACGUCUUCAAUCCCCAGCUGGAGACCAUCCGCGAAGCGCCGAGACGGAGGAGGCGGAGGAGGAGCAAGAAGGCGGCGAAGGCGAGGAAGUCGGCGGACGCGGAGGUCGACGCGGAGGCGGCGAGGCUAUCGGUGUUCAGGAGGAUGAUGCCGUGCGGGGCGGUGGAAGGGAAGGUGAGGGAGAGCUUCGCGGUGGUGAAGCGGACGGAGGACCCGCGCGGGGACUUCAAGCGGUCGAUGGUGGAGAUGAUCGUGGAGAAGCAGAUGUUCGCGGAGGAGGACCUCCAGCAGCUCCUCCGCUGCCUCCUCUCGCUCAACUCGAGGGACCACCACGGCGUCAUCGUGGACGCCUUCUCCGAGAUCUGGGACGCCUUGUUCGGUCGGAGAUCGUCGGUGGCCGCACGUUGAACACGAGGAAGACGACGACGAGGAACUCGCAGAGUCAUUCCAACUCUUAUGAAAAAGUGUUUAUUAGUUUCUCUCUCUUUCGCAUUUCUUCUUCUUUUCACUGUUCUGUCUAGUUUUCCAGCCAGCAGUCACUACUUACUAUUCACGUUGCA